CUCAAGCACCGCUCCUGCAGCAACCCUACUGCCUGCAUCCGUUCUCCUUCCCCCAAUCUCGCAGAAGCAAUCAGCGCGUGUGGUGAUCGCUCCCCCGUCUCUUCUGCCAUCCUCUCCACCGCCGCUUCCCCUUCCCUGCUUCCACCCCUGCCUCGCCUUCUCUCAAUCAUACUCUCUCAAUCGGACUGAACACAAUCUCUAACCGAAUCUACACCCAGAUUCGUCCCCCGUCAUGUCCUUCAUCCUUACCAGGCCCCCGUCCCCGCCCGCGGACGUGCACCACCACUCUGACGAGGACCCCCUCGUCGCCGCUCUCAACAACGCAUUCCAGUCCUUUACCGGCGGUGCAUCCUCCAACCAACACUCCCGCGACGCGCAGCACGACGCAGACAUGCACCGCGAUAAAAUCGCCCCGUCCCUCGACAUCGUCGUCAACUCCGACACCCUCGUCCUCCGCGGCACUGGCGUUGACGUCGACCCCGCUCUGCUCUCUGGCAAUGUUGUCCUCAACCUCACAGAGCCCACCUCCUUAAAAGAGAUUGUCCUUCAAUUCAGGGGCAAGGCCCGCCUCCCCGUCUCUGCCUCCGAGCCCCUCUCCCUCAGCUCCUCGCAGCUCACCUACCUCGUCUGCAACCAUGAAUGGUCUUUCCUCGAGGGCAACCGCUCACACUCGCACACCCUCAAGGCAGGCCGCCACCUCUUCCCCUUCCAGCUCCAAAUCGGAGGCUCCCUCCCCUCCUCCAUCUCCACCGCCGCCCUCGGUGGUGCCUCCGUCCAGUACAAACUCCGCGCGACAGCCGUGCGCCCUGGCUUCGGCCUCACGCACCGCGACCUCGCCGCUAACCUCCCGAUCAACAUCCUCCGCGGUUUCGGCGGCGAGGCGCUCGAGUACCAGCAGACGCUCGAGAUCGAGAACACUUGGCCCGAGAAGCUCAUGUACAGCAUCAUGCUCCCGCACAAGGCCUGGGCUGCUGGCGAGCGCGUCAUCGCCGUCGUCAAGUUUUCGCCGCUCGUCAAGGGCGCGCGUGUCCUCAACGUCACCACCACCAUCAACGAGACCGUCAAGCUCUACGCCCGCCAGGGUACCCAGGAGAGCACGCGCGUGAUUAGCAGCACGCGUCACGAUAUCGUUGAUGGCCAGGCGGUGUGCGUGGACGAGCAGCACCACCGGUACCACAUACCGCUCUUCCAUCACAGCUCGCACUCGCAAACGACGCGUCCGGGCUCGCUUGGGCAGUCUACACCCGCGAGCCCAGAUACAGGCGCGAGCCACGCACAUCACAGCCACACUGCGAGCGGCACGCAUACUCCUGCAGGGAAUUACUUCCCACCACCCCCGCCUACGACAUCGCACCCGCCGUCGCCUCUUCACCAUACAUCCGAACUCACGCCGCUAAUGACCACUACGACGAAUUCAUCUCAGUCAUCUGGUGUCGGUUCGGGCCUGUCCCGCCCCAUUUCUGCGCAUGGCGCGGCGACACCGCUGACGGCCCUGUCACCGUCGAGCGCGAGCGACGAGAGCCUCCCUUCUGCUCCGUGUGCGAUUUCGCCGCUGCCUGUCAUGGACCCGUCAGAGAUGGAGCUAAUCGAGCCUGCCGUCGACGUCGUGUCCACGCUCAGCAUCGCCGUUCCCCUGCACGCGACACCGAGCCAUUCACUAGAGCCAAUCCAAGUUUCGCACCGCAUACGCUGGUCAAUCAUGAUCGGAAACCGCGACGGGCACACAUCGGAACUGCGCUGCUCACUCCCGCUGCACAUCCUCGAUCACAAACUAUACGACGAGGCGCGCGCCGCGACGCUGCACACGCGGCGGAUCCUGCUCGGGCCACAGGACAUCGAGGGCGGGCAGGCGGUCGGCACGCACGGCGAGGACCCAGAAGAGGACAACGACCUCCCGAGCUACCCCGCACACGUGCGCGACCGCGUCGCGAACGCAUACAUCUCCGACGCGGCGGCGUUGCGCGUCGUGAAUCCCUGGGUGAUGCAGGGCGUGAGCCCCACGCUGCCGCCGCCCGUGAGCGAGGGCUCCUCGGGCCUGCAGAGCCCCGCGGCGUUCGAGACGUGGCAGGUGAACGGCGCGAACGCGCAUGCGGCGGGCCAGGGGAGGCAUCAUCUCCCGCAGGAGCCCGCGCCGGGCGCGACGGCGCCGCUUGAGUGGGUGAACACGGAGCUCCUGCUGAGUCUGAGCGGGGAGGCGCCGGAGGCGCCUGUGCACCCGCCUCCGCCGCGCGUGACGCCGCCGAAUCGCACCCCGCCUGAGAGCUCGCCGCGUGCGAGCAGGCAUGGGUCGCGGUACCCCAGCCGCGCGAAUAGCCGGGCUGCGAGCCCGGAGAGGGGGCCGGUGGUGCUGAGCGCGGGCGGGGGCGUGCAUGGUCCGCAUGGGCAUGGGGAGACGUACGUGCACAGUCAUAGUACGGCGAGCCGGAACAUGCAUUCGCUUUUCAAUAUUGCGAUGAAGCCGUUUACGAGCUUGGGGAGCACGUUCUCGCUUGGGUCGAGGAGUCCGAGUCAUACGAACCUGGCGCACGGGAACGGGAACGGGACCGGGCAUGGGCAUGGGCAUGGGCAUUCGCAUUCGCACUCGCAUUCGGCGCAACAUGGUGUAGUGCAGAGCGUGCCGCAGUCGCAUGGGAGCUCGACCGCGCCGUCCGCGAGCGCGUCCUCGGUCAACCUCGCGAGCCUCGCGCACUCUCACUCUCACCCCCACCCACACCCCCACCCCCACCCACACGCGCACCCGCAGACGAUGACGAGCCCGGAGCAGCUGCACUACGCGUUCACGGAGGUGCCGGACUACGACAUGGCGAGCCGGGGGUUCCUUGGCGGGGGGAUCACGCCGCUGUCGAGCUUGCGCGGGCUGCCGAGCUAUGAGGAGGCGCGGGCGGAGCGCGAGGUGGGGGGUGUGGAGAGGAGUUUUAGUGAUGCGAAUUUGGUGGGGUGGUUUGCGGCGGGGCAGAGGGGGCAGCUGGUGCAGGGGCAGGCGCAGGUGUCGAGGACGGUGGCAAGUACACCGCCGACGGAGGCGGUGUCGGUGGCGGCGGCGGCGGCGGCUUCGCAGAUGAGGUCGACGGUGUCGAGAUCGAGUUUGGCGUUCACGACGGCGAAUGGGUCAUAGCCUGGCUAUUUUCUUUCUGUGCUUCUACAUUUUUCUGGUCUCGUGGUUCGGCGCAUCUACGGUCUUCUAUUCUGCUCUUUCUUUCCUUUUGUAACGCUCUCCUCGCACACGCAUCCCAGCUCUUCUCUCUCGCAUGGCAAACACACGAGCAUAUUAUACAUCCCCACAUCCGUGUUGAAUGAGUGUAUUAAUGUACAACAGAACUUACGACUACAUAGACUAGACGACGACGAUGCGACGACGAUGACGACGAAUACUCUGUAUGAUACGACUUGGCGGAUGGACUUCCUCUGAUAGUGGUUUGGUUUAUGAAUAGGUGUCCUUUCUCGAGUUGUAUUGGGAUUUAGCUUGUUUUCGUGUAGUGUCUGCAACAAUAGAUUGGAUAUGAACGGUGAAUUCGAAUGAAUUUUGGUGGAGCGCGC